CUUUUAUUUGUUUUUUUCACAGAGCGUUAAUUUACAAUCAAUUUGGUCUAGAAAAUAUAGUAUUUUAGUUUAGAGCUCCAUUUCGAUGUAGAAUCUAGGUUCUGGCUUAGAUUCCCACGACUUAUAGAAUCUAGAUCUAGAUUCUAGAUCUAUUUUAGAAUAGGCUUGCUUUUCUACCCUAACCAAUACAUACUAUACUGACACGACACAGAGACCAUUAUUUAUAAAAUAAUACAAAUUUAAUAGUACAAUGAAUUCAGACAAAAGCUCCACGCAUAUCGAUAUUCCAACCCACACUUUUAUGCAACCAGAAAAGCAAAUCAAGUUACCAAAUGAUAUCCCAAGGUGGGAGAAAUCUCAGGCAUAUUCAGACUUACUAGGUUUUAUUCUAGCACUAAAUGAGGCUGUAAAAAAUAAGAAGAUUCGAGACCAGUAUCACAGCUCUCCACUGAUUGAGAAAUUAGUGAACAUGUUGGAUCAAUUGGACAAAUGGAUUGACGAGAUUCCUCCAAUUGACCAGCCACAGAGGUUUGGCAACAAGGCGUUUAGAACAUGGUUUAACAAGCUUAAAGAGGAAGGUCCCAAUUUGUUAAAGCAAGUUUUACCCCCUGAGUACGAGCCAGCCAUCCCAGAGCUGUUUACAUACGUCAUAGAAAGUGUGGGGAAUGAUACACGUAUAGACUACGGCACAGGGCAUGAACUGUCCAUGGUAGCUUUUCUCUGCUGUUUAUGUAAACUUGGUGCCUUCAAGGAGGAAGAUUAUACGGCAUUGGUACUUAAAAUUUUUGAAAGGUAUAUGUAUCUGAUGAGAAAAUUGCAACUGACUUACCGCAUGGAGCCUGCAGGUAGCCAUGGGGUCUGGAGUCUGGAUGACUACCAGUUUCUGCCUUUUCUGUGGGGCAGUUCACAACUUUUAGACCAUCCCAGAAUCAAACCAAAGUCUUUUCCUAAUGAAGAUAUUUACAACGGCUUCUAUAAAGAUUUUAUAUUUUUGAGUGCUAUUAAAUUUAUCAACCAAGUAAAGACAGGUCCCUUUGCUGAACACUCCAACCAGCUGUGGGGGAUAAGUGGUGUUGGUGCCUGGUCAAAGGUCAACUCUGGUCUCAUCAAGAUGUACAGAGCAGAGAUUUUAGCCAAGUUUCCUAUAGUCCAACACUUCAUGUUUGGUAGCCUCCUGACACUGGAGCCAUCCACCAAUCCACCCCCGCAACAGGAAAUGAUGCCGCCACCUUCAACAACCAUGAUGCCACCAGUAGGUGACACCAGCAUGCCACCUCCCACCACACUAGCCCGUCCCCUGUAACCAGACACCCUGCCACCACCAGGUACAAGACACCUCUGGUCACUGACUUGUUUUUUUUUUUUUUUUACUUUAUUUCUUUACUUUGUAGUCAGUCAAAUCAGUCAUUUUAUGUCUUAAACAAUAUUUUUUAGUCAACAGCACAUUAGUUAAAGCUGUGAUUACUUUGUGAGAUAAAAAUACUAAUGUGAUUACUACACAAUAUAUGUCAUGUGUUUGAAUAAUGUUGAAAAAAUGAUAAAUAUAACUUAACCAUAAUAUUUGUUGAGUAUCUGCUGUAAUUAAUAAAAAAAAAAAUGUUUCAUAUUUGUCUGUGUAUGUGUGUAUUCCAUUAGAGAUUACUGAAGUUAACAGAUUAAUACAAGGGACAUAAUUUGCACUUCUAGAAAUUUCACAAAGGUUUUGUAAUAUAGAAGUGGCCGGCUGUAUUAUUAGUGUGUACAUUAUUCAAGAGUCAAUAAUGACAAAUUUUGUUUUUAUUAAAUUUGUCCUAAACCUAAAAUUAUUAAAAUAGUUUUAUUUAUUAAUUAUAAUUUUUUUUUCUCCAAUUUGUGUUCAUUAAAUUAGCCUUGUUUUUUUUUUUGUUA